UCUCUCUCUCUCUCUCUCUCUGGGGGUAGCGGACAGAAGCUAUUGAUGGCGAAGAGCGGGAACGGACUGAGCAAGCUCAAGUGCAUGAUAAAGAGGUGGCACUCAUCGAGCCGGCUGACGCGCACGGCCCCGUCAGCCGGCGGGGCCGCAUCGUCGAGGUCGCAGGACAGGGAGGCGUGGCACUCGGCGUCGUUCCACGGGGACGAGGUCCCGCCGGGGUUCCAACCGGUCUACGUCGGCAAGUCGCGCCGACGGUACCUCGUCAGCGCCGAACUCGUCGGGCACCCGCUGUUCCGCGUGCUCGUCGAGAGGUCCGGCGGGCACGACGGCGCCGCUUGCGGGACCGUGGUGGACUGCGAGGUGGUGCUCUUCGAGCACCUGCUGUGGAUGCUGGAGAACGCCGACCCGCAGCCCGAGUCGCUGGACGAGUUGGUGGAGUUCUACGCCUGCUGAGGCGGAGGAGAAGAGCUACCGCGGAGGACCUGACUCUCAUGCCGCAGAUCACAGUAGGGACUAUUAGCCAUAAUUAUAAAGGGCAUGGCUAUGUGUGCUACAAUUUUCUAAUAUGUUGUAUAAUCUUGCUUUUUUCUCUCCGAGCAAUCUCAAGGGAAUGUAUAUUUCAUGUACAUUUCAAUGGAAAAACGAAGGUGGUGUUCAUCUUUCUCA